CUAUAUCUAAGGCAGAAGAAAGUCAAUCGAAUUUAACACCCCCUAAUUAGAAUUGAUAACUGCCAUUAAUUAGCACUUAAUACAACUCAAAGCCGAUUGCUAAAAUAAAUUCUCGUAAAUUUCCUACAAUCCAACAAUGUGAAUCAAAGGGACGAGAAGAUCACACAGUAGUAGAAGACAUGGAUGGAACUUUACUUGUUGGGCAUAGCACUUUCCCUUAUUUUGCACUUGUUGCUUUUGAAGCUGGUGGUAUUUUUAGGCUUCUUUUUUUGGUCCUAGCAUCACCUUUAGCUGGACUACUAUACUAUUUCAUCUCCGAGUCCGCAGGCAUUCGUGUCCUAAUUUUUGCAACAUUUGUUGGUAUGAAAGUGUCCGAUAUAGAGUCCGUGGCACGCGCUGUGUUACCAAAGUUUUAUUCGAGCGAUUUGCACCCUGAGACAUGGCGUGUUUUUUCGCCUAGUGGGAAAAGGUGUGUUCUAACGGCGAAUCCUAGGAUUAUGGUCGAAGCGUUUUUGAAGGAAUAUUUAGGUGUUGAUAUGGUUAUUGGGACAGAGAUGUGUACGUAUAAAGGAAGAGCUACUGGAUUUGUAAAUGAACCUGGAAUUCUUGUUGGUGAGAACAAGUUUGUGGCUCUUCAAAAGGCCUUUGGUUCUAAAUCUGUACCAGAUACUGGACUUGGUGAUCGCAAGACUGAUUUUCCCGUGAUGAAUUUAUGCAAGGAAAGUUACAUAGUGCCUAGUGUGAAGCCCAUGAGUAAAGAGAAAUUACUAAAGCCUAUAGUUUUCCAUGAUGGCCGACUUGUUCAAAAACCAGGCCCGUCAAUGGCACUCAUGAUAAUUCUUUGGAUCCCAGUGGGCUUCCUCUUAACCUGCUUGCGUAUAGCCGCGGGUGCACUCCUACCAAUGCCACUAGUCUAUUACGCCUUUUGGGCUCUUGGUGUUCGGGUCAAAGUAAAAGGCAACCCACCUCCUCCGGCCCAAAAAUCCACCGGUCAAACCGGUGUCCUUUUCAUUUGCUCCCAUCGAACUCUUCUUGACCCAAUUUUUCUCUCAACGGCCCUUGGUAGGCCCAUCACCGCGGUCACUUACUCGUUGUCACGACUUAUCAUUUCACCUAUUAAAACGGUUCGCCUUACCCGUGACCGUGUAACGGAUGCUAAUAUGAUUAAAAAACUAUUGGAAGAAGGUGAUUUGGUUAUAUGCCCUGAAGGGACAACAAGUAGAGAACCAUUUUUACUAAGAUUUUCAGCCUUAUUCGCGGAAUUAACUGACGAGAUUGUCCCCGUUGCAAUGUCUAAUAAAAUGAGCAUGUUCCAUGGCACGACGGCUAGGGGUUGGAAAGGAAUGGACCCUUUUUAUUUCUUCAUGAAUCCUAGUCCUGCAUAUGAAGUGACGUUUUUGAAUAAAUUGCCAUAUGACUUGACUUGUAGAGCUGGAAAAUCAAGCUAUGAUGUGGCGAAUUAUAUACAGAGGACGAUCGCUGCAAUAUUAUCUUAUGAGUGCACCAAUUUUACUAGGAAGGAUAAGUACAGGGCUUUGGCUGGAAAUGAUGGAACAGUGGCAGCAAAAAAUGGACUAGCACGCAAGAAAGUUAUGGGUUGCUUACAGAGAAAAGUUUAAUUUGUCUUCAA